CUUAAAUCUGUUUUAGUUGAGGACGGUCCUGGUGAAAAUGGUGAGCCAGUAAUAAUCCCAUCUGAUUUACCACCUGAAGCAAAAGAGAUGUUCGACAAGGGUUGGGAGAAAAAUGCUUUCAAUCAGUACGCGUCUGACCUCAUCUCGUUGCAUCGUAGCCUCCCUGAUAUCAGAGAUGAUUGGUGUAAGGAACCUGGUCGCUACCAGAAAGAUCUACCUUCCACAGAUGUAAUUAUUUGCUUCCACAAUGAAGCUUGGUCAACUCUACUACGUACGGUUCAUUCGGUAUUGGAUCGGUCUCCAGAAGAACUUAUCGAAAAAAUUAUACUUGUCGAUGAUUUCUCUGAUAUGCCACACUUAGGAAAAGAAUUGGAAGAUUAUUUGAAAGCAUAUCCUAAAGUGAUUAUUUUACGGGCGCCAAAAAGAGAAGGUUUAAUUCGGGCAAGAUUGCUUGGAGCACGAUAUUCAAAAGCACCGAUAUUAACAUUUUUGGAUUCACAUUGUGAAUGUACUAUUGGUUGGUUAGAACCAUUACUCGAUCGCAUAGCGAAAAAUUCAACAAACGUUGUUUGUCCGGUUAUCGAUAAUAUUAACUCAGAAACAUUACAAUAUCACUACACAAAAGGUUCUGCCAUUCAAAUUGGAGGUUUCGAUUGGGGUUUAAAUUUUGACUGGAAUCCUAUUCCAGAAAGAGAAGAGAAACGUCGUAAUAAUUCUGCUGAGCCAGUUUAUUCGCCAACAAUGGCGGGUGGACUAUUUUCAAUUGAUCGUAAUUUCUUCGAACACCUUGGAACUUAUGAUCCUGGUUUUAAUAUUUGGGGAGCAGAAAAUUUAGAAUUAUCAUUUAAAACAUGGAUGUGUGGUGGAACAUUAGAAAUAUUACCAUGUUCACGUGUUGGGCAUUUAUUUCGUGACAAGUCACCGUAUAAAUGGAAAAGUGGAGAAAAUGUUAUAAAAAAAAAUAAUUUUCGUUUAGCUGAAGUUUGGAUGGAUGAAUAUGCGAAAUAUUAUUACCAAAGAAUUGGUAAUUUUAUAGGUGAUUUUGGAGAUGUCUCAAGAAGAAAAGAAUUGAGAAAACGUUUGGGUUGCAAAAGUUUCAAAUGGUACUUGACAAACAUUUAUCCAGAGCUUUUGAUUCCUGAUGAAGCAGUUGCAUAUGGAGAGAUAAAAAAUAAAUUUACAUCGUUAUGUCUUGAUUUUCAAAGUAAACCUUUGGCCGUCAACCUUUGGCCUUGCCAUGGGACGAAUGGCAAUCAGUUCUUUACGAUGAGUAAAAUUGGUGAAAUAAGGCGAGACGAAAAUUGUCUGGAUUAUGAUAUGAAAAAUGUAACUCUAUAUAAAUGCCAUGGCAUGAAAGGAAAUCAGUUCUGGAAUUAUAAUACUGAUUCAAGCCAAAUUCGACAUGUAUGGAGUGAUACGUGCUUAGCAGUCAAUGAAAAGAAAGAUAAACUUAUAACUGAAAAAUGUGAUCCAAAUCGUGUUUGGCAAAAAUGGUAUAUGGAAAACUAUGAUGCAAAAAAAUUGUAUGGUUCUCAUGGAAAUACCUCAAUUAUGACUUCUUUAAAAUAAAAA